AUGACCAGCAUUUCGCAGUGCAGCGCCUGCGGCAACUCCAAGUUGCUGGCGCACUGCCCCACGUGUGACAGCUCUACACACCACUACACCCCGCAACUGCAGCAGGUGUUCAACCGGCCGGAGCGUUCUACGGCUGCGUGGCUCGAAUAUGGCAGAUCCCCAGCACAGUCUGUCACUUACACUACACCGCAGGAUGAUGCGCAGAAGCUGGCCGUGACGAUGGGGGAGCUCGAGGAUCUGUACCGCGCAAACCAAAAAAGGCACAACAGUCCCAAGGCAGUAACGGCACUCCAUAGCGAGCACUCCGCCGUCAUAACAGACCGGAACAAUUUCAUGCGGGAACGGGACCUACUGGCGCAAAAAGCCGCGGAUCUUCACCAACAACUCGCUGCAGAUAGAAAUAACAGCAUGCAGUCUGUAAGCCGCGUCAACUGCCUGGAAGAGGAUGACGCACCGGCGUCACGCAUAAACGACCAGCAUACACUCACGGCACUUCAGCAGAAGGUUACGUCGCUGCAACGACAAAACAGCGCCGUCGAGGAGGUCUUCAAGGAAUUUCAGGGCCGCGCUAUUGCCUCGCAACGGCAGGAACGACUUCUACAACAAGAGUGUCGCAGAGUCACAACAGAAAGCGAACAUGUAAAAAACGCAAAUCAUAAGCUUCAGCAGCAGCUUUUGGAACUCAUGCAACUCCUCGAAGUCGCAAGGAAAGAAAAAGCAAUCGCUGAAGCCAACACCAAAACAACUGAAGAGGCCCUCAAGCAAGCCCAGAAGGAAACAGAGGAUGCAUUACGUCAAAUGGUCACCCACUACCACGAGAAAAAUUACUACAAAACACUCUCCAGAAAGCUUGAAUCAAACCUACAAGAAAUGGAUCUUGCACAUCUGGACAUUAAAAAAAAACUUCAAGAAGUUGACAACCACAAAGCACAUCAAGAGACCCACAACACAAAACUUCACCCAGAAAGACAAAUCGUCGAAGAAAUAAAAAACAUUGCCGUGGAGAACGAGCAGCUCCGAAAGCAGCGGGACGAUGCGGCUGCGGAGAACGAGCAGCUCCGAAAGCAGCGGGACGAUACGGCUGCGGAGAACGAGCAGCUCCGAAAGCAGCGGGACGAUACGGCUGCGGAGAACGAGCAGCUCCGAAAGCAGCGGGACGACGCGGCUGCGGAGAACGAGCAGCUCCGAAAGCAGCGGGACGAUGCGGCUGCGGAGAACGAGCAGCUCCGAAAGCAGCGGGACAAUGCGGCUGCGGGAACGAGCAGCUCCGAAAGCAGCGGGACGAUACGGCUGCGGAGAACGAGCAGCUCCGAAAGCAGCGGGACGACGCGGCUGCGGAGAACGAGCAG